UUCUAAAAUUAGUAACACGGGGUCCACCGCCCAGCUGUGUAUGCUGACUCAGCAUUUUCAUGUAACCGAGGCUCUCGUGCGUCUUUUUGGUAUAUAUGUCAUCCUCCAAGUCUCACGGCGUUCAAAACAUAAGAUUCAAUCAAGAUUUCGGUGAGGAUGUUUCACUGUUUCCAUGGACUCGGGAGUGAGGAUUUACAAUGUCGAGCCUCUGACUGAGCAUGGAAGAAUUGACUAUGACACAGUGGGGGGUAUUGCACAUGCUGAGAUGUUGGGCAGGACUAAUCUGCUGGCUCUGGUUGCUGGUGGUGCAACACCAAGGUUUCCAGACCGAAAUGUGAUGGUGUGGGAUGAUUUGAAACGAGCAGUCAUCUUUGAGAUUGGACUACCUUCUCAGGUUCUCUCUGUGAGAUGGAGAAAAGACAAGUAAGUUCUCCUGUAGCUAUAUGCAGGACCUAACAACAGUUAGUAUUUAUACAGUAAUUAUAUUGUGUCAGUGGUGAACAAAACUAUGUAGCUGUCAGUCACUCCCAGUGUGUGAGUACCAAGGGUAGGUAUAGGCAAGUUUUUUCCAUUAACAACCACGCCGGUAAGAAUGGCACUUCACGAAUGCCUAUACCGUUACAUUUACGAAUGUAUACGAAACCUAGCUAUGGACGCACUAACAUUGACCGAUAAUCUCCUGUACCUGGGUCUCAAACAUGGAUUAUAGAAACAUUAAACUUCAGUAUACCCACAUCAUUCCUCUGUGCCUGUUUUGUGCUUUUAAUAGCAUUACUCUCAAUUUGUGUCUUCAUGGCACAGAAUAUCUUCCUAGCUUUCUCCAACUCAGUUGGUACUACAGACUAUGAAAAGUUAUGAUUGUAUGUUUUUUCAUUACAGGUUGAUUGUGGUUUUAAUAAAUGAGAUACAUGUGUUUUAUUUCCCCACAUCCUCAACUUCUGAGGCCUCCACACCCUCCCCUAAGCAUCUCAGUACAGUCACCACUUCUCUCAACCCACGUGGCCUCUGUGAGGUAUGCUCUAGUGUAGACUGUCAACUAAUGGUAUACCCAGCCAGACAAAGAGGAGCUGUCUUGCUGAAGGAUCUGGUGUGUCUUGACCAGGAGAGAGAGGAGAGGGGAGGUCAAGGUGGGAGUGAGAGUGUGUGCACCACCCACUCCCAUGACCUGACUGCUAUCGCCCUCUCUCCCAGAGGAAACAUGGUCGCCACUGCAUCCACUAAGGGAACUAUCAUUAGGGUGCAUAGUACAUCAUCCAGGGAUCUUGUGGCUGAGUUCAGACGUGGAACUGACUCAGCAAACAUCAACUGUCUAUGUUUUAGCCUGGACUCUGAGUACAUGUUGUGUUCCAGUGACAAGGCCACAGUUCAUAUUUUUUCCAUUAAAGAUCAGACUCUAAAUAAGAAGUUAAGUUUACCAGCAGUGGGUAUCCUAAGUAGAGCAGUAUCCAGCUACACUGAGAGUCAGUGGGGGCUGGCUCAGUUCAGUCUUGCAAAAGAAGCCCUGUGUGCAGAUGGCAGCUGUCAUAAGUACACAUUCACCACCGAUGGAAACUGCUCUAGAGAUGCCUUCAACAUGUUUCUCGACAUGUUUGAUGAUCAUAUGUAAGAACUUGUCUCAAACCCACACACCGGACAAUGCUACAUUAUUAAUGUAUAUCCUUUUUCAACAUGUUUCUAUGGGACAAAACAGUGCUGUGAAACUGUUACAUGAGACAUGAGCAUGAGGCAUGUUCAUAGGGGC